UGUGAAAGUGCUCUAUGAGUUUGUUUCCCAGGCAGGCAGUGCACGGGAGACCUGUGUGAAAGUGCUCUCUCAGUUCCUGUGUGUGCCUGGUAGGUAUUGUGUUGUCUGCUGCCUUGCUCUGGCCACUCAGUAGUUCCGUGUUAGUCAGUUCCGCAGUGUAGGAACACGUCUCGGGCUGUAACAGCCUGAGCAGCACAGAGUCUCCAUGUCCUCCUCACCCGGCUCGGGCCCCACAGAGCCGGAGUAUGAUUUCCUGUUUAAAAUCGUGCUGAUCGGAGAUGCCGGGGUGGGAAAGACCUGUGUUGUUCAGCGAUUUAAAUCCGGAAUGUUCGUGGAGAGACAAGGGAACACAAUAGGAGUAGACUUCACCAUGAAGACCAUAGAGAUCCAGGGCAAGAGAAUAAAGUUACAGAUCUGGGACACAGCAGGGCAGGAAAGAUUUCGCACCAUCACGCAAAGUUACUACAGAAGUGCAAAUGGAGCCAUAAUUGCUUAUGACAUAACAAAGAAGAAGAGCUUUGCUUCAGUUCCCCACUGGAUAGAAGACGUGCAGAAAUAUGCUGGGUCCAACAUUGUACAGUUGCUCAUUGGAAACAAGUCUGAUAUGCAUGAAUUUCGUGAGGUUCAACCGGAAGAGGCCAAAACACUUGCCCAACAUUACGAAAUCACCAGUACCAUAGAGACAUCUGCUAAGGACUCCAGCAACGUGGAAGAGGCCUUCGUCAAGAUGGCUACAGAACUGAUGAUAAGACACGGCGGGCCAGUUUUCAGCGAAAAAUCUACAGAAAACAUAAAACUCGACAGCAAGGAUGUCAGUGAGGCCUGGGGCUGCAGCUGCUGAUGCUGUGCUAUUUUUAGGUAGUGAAUACUGUAAUUCCUGAUUAGUUGGGUUGUGGGAUCACUAGACUUUGCCCUUGUUUUUCACCAGACAUCCUUUCAGUUGUGAUUUAACUGAAAUAUUAACCAAUGUGGACAAAACAGGAGAAAGGGACCAGCAAUGUGGUUGAACAGGUUUAGUUGUAAUGUGUAGAUGCUAGAUGUCACUAUUUAAUUAUUUUCCUUCAGAGAGUUAAGCAAAGUAAACAGAACGCCUUGUUCUCUCCAGAAUUCCCAUGAACACACAAUUCUGGAAUAUUUCUUACUCACCACAGCUUUUGUGGCCUAUGCUCCUAACUGGAGCUGAGCGCCCGGAGAAGUGUAGUACAUAACAACUAGAUAACGUUUCAGAAAGGGGUGACAAAAACCUUGAUAUUGCAAAUAUCUGAGAGCUGCACAAAUGCUUAACCAGCAAGGUUAACAGGCCCUGUCCUAAAACAAGACUUUUGUUUUUAAUGUUUUUUUAUAUAUAUA